AUGAAAAACGAACGAACUGGCACAAGUCGAGAAAGUUCAGCGAGUCGCUCACAUUUCGAGAGUGGCUCAAGUCGAUAUUUUAAUGCACUAGAUAUUGGGCAUUCUGUUUUUGCAAGAUCGAAAUAUUAUGAUGACAUGAUUUAUAUACAUCCAUGGUUACGUCGACCGUGCUCACGAAAUUCUGGUAUUCCAUUUCCAGCUAUAGCCGAUACACCGUGUUCACCUCGUCAUGAUGAAAUAGCGAGACCACGGAUUCGUCGUGAAAAUCAUAUUCGACAAGAAUUCUUCGAUAAUAUUACGAACUAUGCAUACAGUGGUGUGCCAUCUGGAGCAUUGAGAGUAGAAUGUUCUCAACGUCUUGCUGAACUUGCUGUACCAAGAGGAUCAUCGUCCAAUAAUCAACGAAAAAGCUCCCAAUCUCAACAGCAAACACAGGGCAAGAAUACCUCACAACAAAGUCAAGGAAAGAAUCAACCACCACCACAACAAUCCCAAAGCAAGAGUGCUCAGCAACAGAAUCAAGGAAAGAACCAACCACCACCACAAUCUCAAAGCAAGAGUGCUCAGCAACAAAAUCAAGGAAAGAGCCAAGCACCACUACAGCCACAAUCUCAACCACAAGGCAGAAACGCUCAACAACAACAACAGGGUAAGAACCAACCAGUGCCACAGUCACAAUCUCAAGGCAAAAAUGGUCCGCAACAACAAGGAAAGAAUGCGCCGCAACAAAACCAAGGGAAAAGUCAACCAGCACCACAGUCACAACCGCAAGGCAAGAAUGCGCCACAACAAAACCAAGGGAAAAGUCAACCAGCACCACAGCCACAAUCUCAAAGCAAGAACGCUCAACAACAACCACAAGGAAAGACUCAACUAGCUCAACAAUCAAACACAAACAAUCCACCAGAAAAAUCAAAACGUAAAUGA